AUUAGUUGCUCAGGUACAAUGGCAGGAAAACGAUAAAAAGAGGUCCCGCAGCUCCAAUUAAUAAACCCUAAAACCCUUCUCUCACCUUUGAUUACUUGCCGUACUUGCGUUGAAGUUCACUUUUCCGGCGGAGAACAUGGCAGAGAUGGACUUGGACUUCGACGGCCCAAGUAAAGCUCCAACUAGGCCAUCCCGUUUUGCUCCCAAAAGCUCUAAAUUGAAGCCCCAACCCCAACCAGUAACCAAACCCAAACCUGAAACACCGUUAUCAUCUUCUGAUCCUCCUAUUCCAACUAAAAAGGAAGAAUUAGUUUCAAAACCCUCAGUAAAAGAUCAUCCAGCCGAAAAUGGAGCCGCAAUGGUUAAAGAUGACGUUCCAUUGGAUGAGAACACUACGGGAGACGACGUGGCAGAAGAAGAACAAGUCGCCAUGGAUACUGAUAGCGUUGAAGACGAAGUUGUUCGUGAAAUUGAUGUGUUUUUUACCCCUUCAUCUGAUCCUAACUCUCAGCUAUAUGUGUUCCAAUAUCCGUUGAGGCCCGUAUGGCGUCCCUAUGAAUUGGAGGAAAGAUGUCAAGAGGUGAGAUUGAGACCUUCAACUGCACAAAUGGAGGUUGAUUUGGCAGUAGAUUUUGAUUCUAAAAAUUUUGACCGAGACUCUGUUCAUGCAGUAAAGAUGGAAAAGCAGACCCUUUCUACAUCAUGGAUGCCAUUAUCAACUUGCACCUCUGGAUAUGCUGUUGGGGUCCUCAUUGGUGAUAAGUUACACCUCAAUCCUAUUCAUGCAGUUGUACAGCUCCGACCAUCACAGCAGCAUCUUAAGGAAAGUGAGUUGAAGAAGAAGAACAUUGCCACCAGCAGUGAUGGAAAAACUGUUGAAAACAAAGAAGUCGAGGAAAAAAAGCCUGCGGGUCCAUCAAAGAAGCAGAACAAACCACCUGGGAAUGUCAAGGAUAUUGAAGAGCAUUGGGUACAUCUAAAAUACCAUGGAGCUAGGAGUGACAUUUCAGCCAGAUAUCUACAGGAAAUGGCCAUGGGGGAAGGCUCUCCAGUAUCAUUUUCAAUGAGCCCGAUUGAUUAUCUGAACGCUGUGUGUCCUGGCAGACCAACUGACACUGACAGAUUAAAAAUUCUUCGAACAAGGUUGUCUCAAUUACCUCUUGAAGAACGCAUUAGAACUUGGCUUCUUGAGGGGCCUCCAAUUCAUCGUUUUGAUGCUCUAAAGCACCUGGCGCUGGAUGAUCCUGUUGAUGAAAUUUUGAGAGUCCUCCAAAGAUACGCACAAUUAGUUCAAGGAUUAUGGGUUCCAAAAAGUUCAUUAAUCUAUGGAAAGAAUGAUGGACUUGAAGUUUUAGCAAGGAAUUUUAUUCUCUUUGAGUUUAGCAAGAGUACCAUUAUUAAGCAGAAAGUUUUUGCCAGGAGGUUGGAUUUCCUUAAAGCUGCGAAACCAACACUAAAAUCAUUAGCUGUUGAGAGGCCUGACCUGAAUGAUUGGAAGCUCAAAGAGCAUCCUGACAAGAAAUUUGAAGUUCUUUAUGGUGAUGUUGUGAAAGAGCAGCAAGCUACCUGGGAAUGCAUGGGGAAACAGAUCAGUGGUAUUUUGUCAGGAGGAAGAAACAAGCCUGCUACGAAGAAUCCUUCAAAUCCAAAUGCCAACAUUCCUGCACUUCCAGGUGGUGGUAAACCCGCUCCUGGGUCUCUUUUGCGAACAUCUAUGUCAGAAAAGACUCGAGAAGCUUUACCAAAGGCGCUUCAAAAAGUUUUUAGAAUCUAUAAGGCUUGCAGUUUCCAGCAAAUACGCCAACGUCUGCGAGAUGUGGCAGUUUCCGAGUCUCAAAAGGGAGAUGCAAAGAAGGCUAUAACUGCAGCCAAUUCUGUGGAUGAUGCACCUCCCGAGGAGAUACAGGCAGUGAUUAAUCAGGUUGCUGUAAACAUCCAUGGUGUCUAUGUUUUGAAGUCAUCACCAGAUAAUCCACAAUAUGACGCAUUGAGGAAACUUGUAAUUGACCUUCUUAUGGCUGAAGGGCCGAGUGCAAAGCUAAAGAAAGCCUCUAUAGUUGAAGCUGCCAAGUUGCAACUGAAUAGGGAUAUUACCGAUAUUGAGUUUAAAAAGGUUAUGCAGGAAUUAUGUGAAUCAAAAAAUUCAGCAUGGGUUUUGAGAAGUGGUGAUGGCAGUUCAUCAUAGUCCGCGGUUUUUAAUUCAAGUUGUACAGGUCACCCGAAAUACAUGUUAGUAGUUGGAAAUUCUCAAUGAUGAGAAAGCUGAAAAUUGGACGUUUCCCUUUACUCUUAAGAAGUAUAAUUGUUUAGUUUUGUGUCAUACGAUGUUUUAGAGUAUAUGAUUGAGCUGUUGGUGGGAAGCGCUUUGCAUUGCAGCUAUAUGUAGCUCCUCUUCAAGUAAGUUUAGGAUAUACCGCCAUAUCAGAAAGAUGUUGGCCAGGAUGUAGAUCUUCCAUUUAAUCAAACUCUUCCUCACUGGAGUAGUAAGUUGGUGCUAGUUUUAUGAUCGCCUACUGCAUUUAUACAUUGAUACAUAUCAUUGACAAGAUUUAAAAUAGAUCACGCUACCAGGGCAUUUGUGCCUCUUUUGUGUUGAGAAUAGGAUCUUUCAUUGUGCCUGCUUCAGAUGUUUCUACUUGUUUUCUUAUCACUCACCACUACCAGGGCUCUGUGCAGUUGUCAAAAAUCUGCAACAGGACUUGUAGGUAGUCAACAGGACUAGUAGAUAAAAGAGAUGCAAGUAGAUCUAUGAGCAUCCAUGUUUGUAUAUAUGUUACAUGAGCUUCUCUUAAGGGGUGACUCAAAAUAUGAAGAGACUUAUUUUGAAUGGUAAGACUGCCAAUUUAUCC